CUGAGCUCGUGGGAUAAACUUGCAGCAGCUGGUCUCACUCUGCUUCCCUCACCUGCCUCUGAAAGGGUUUAAUUACUUUGGAGAGGAGAGGGGAGAGAUCCAGAUCCCAGUUCUGGCUCCAGACUGACCCAAAAAGCAGGACCAGGAUUUAAAUGAACUAUGGAUCUGAAGGACAGCACCAGCGAGGGCAGCAUGGGCAGCCUGCAGCCUUCCAGCAUCCAGAUUUUUGCCAACACCACCACGCUCCACGGGAUCCGUCACGUCUUUGUCUACGGGCCGGUCACCAUCCGGCGCCUGCUCUGGACUUUGGCCUUUGUGGGUUCGCUGGGUCUGCUCCUGGUGGAGAGCUCGGACAGGGUGGCUUUUUACUUCUCCUACCAGCACGUGACCAAAGUGGAUGAGGUGGUGGCGAACAGCCUGGUGUUUCCUGCUGUCACCAUCUGUAACCUCAACGAGUUCCGCUUCUCCCGGCUCACCACCAAUGACCUGUACCAUGCUGGGGAGCUCCUGGCGCUGCUGGAUGUCAACCUGCAGAUCCCCAACCCUCACCUGGCUGACCCUGCUGUCUUAGCCACCCUCCAAGAAAAGGCCAACUUUAAGCAGUAUAAACCCAAAGUUUUCAGCAUGCAAGAGUUCCUGGCACGGGUUGGCCAUGACCUGAAGGAUAUGAUGCUGUACUGCAAGUUCAGGGGCCAGGAGUGCAACCACAAGGACUUCAAAACUGUGUUUACAAAAUAUGGGAAAUGCUACAUGUUUAACUCAGGAGAGGAGGGGCGGCCUCUCCUCACCACAGUGAAGGGGGGGACAGGGAACGGCCUGGAAAUCAUGCUGGACAUCCAGCAGGAUGAGUAUCUGCCCAUCUGGGGAGAAACAGAGGAGACGACGUUCGAGGCCGGAGUCAAGGUGCAGAUCCACAGCCAGUCCGAGCCUCCCUUCGUGCAGGAGCUGGGAUUUGGGGUGGCCCCUGGAUUCCAGACCUUCGUGGCCACCCAGGAGCAAAGGCUGACAUACCUGCCCCCGCCGUGGGGCGAGUGCCGCUCCCCGGAGCUGGGCCUGGCGUUCUUCCCGGUGUACAGCGUGACAGCCUGCAGGAUCGACUGUGAGACACGCUACAUCGUGGAGAACUGCAACUGCAGGAUGGUGCACAUGCCAGGGGAUGCUCCCUUCUGCACCCCGGAGCAGUACAAGGAAUGCGCAGAGCCCGCGCUCAGUCUCCUGGCAGAGAAGGACAGCAAUUACUGCAUCUGCAGGACCCCCUGUAACCUCACCAGGUACAACAAGGAGCUCUCCAUGGUCAAGAUCCCCAGCAAGACCUCGGCCAAGUACCUGGAGAAGAAGUUCAACAAGUCAGAAAAAUACAUCUCAGAGAACAUUCUCGUGCUGGACAUUUUUUUUGAAGCACUCAACUAUGAGACCAUUGAGCAGAAGAAAGCCUAUGAAGUGGCAGCCUUACUUGGUGACAUUGGUGGCCAGAUGGGGCUGUUCAUCGGGGCCAGCAUCCUCACCAUCCUCGAGCUCUUCGAUUACCUGUACGAGCUGAUCAAGGAGAAGUUAUUGGACCUUCUUGGAAAAGAGGAAGAGGACGGGAGCCAUGAGGAGAACGUGAGCACCUGUGAUCCAGUGCCAAACCACUCGGAGAGCCUGAGCCACACUGUGACCGUGCCCCUGCAGGCCCCGCUGGGGACGCUGGAGGAAAUCGCCUGCUGACCCCUCCCCACCACAGUGCCCAUCCCGUGGAAGGAAAACUGCACAGGGAAAACAGGGACCCAGCUCAGGUUUGCACUAGGGGGAAAAAAAAGAUGGAAAAAAAAUAUACUGGAAAAAAAAAUAAACUGGAAAAAAAAUUAUUAAAAAAAUCUAUUAAAAAUAAAAAAAAAAAGAAGAAGAAAAACUCGCUAUGCAUUAAAAGAAUAUAAAAAUAAUAUAAAAAUAUAAAUUCUAAAUAUACUCUGCCCAAAGUGAGAGGCGCCUUGGACCUGACUCCUGUUGUCCUUUCCUCCUGGGGGUUUGGCUCCAACCUGGGAAGCAGCUCCCAGGCUGGGAGAGCUGGGAAUGUUCACCUGGAAAAGGGAAGCUCAGAGAAGAGAAACCUCAGAGCCCCUUCCAAUGCCUAAAGGGGCUCCAGGAGAGCUGGAGAGGGACUUGGCACACGGGAUGGAGGGUCAGGACACUUUUUGGGAUUGUCCAAGCCUGAGCAGCAGCAGCAGCAGCAAAUCCCAAAGGAAGCAUCCCAAAUAUCCCGAGCACAGCACACCAGGGCUUCUCCUGGCCCUGCGGUUCCUCAGCUGCCUCUCUCAGCUCUGUUCCUCUUUGCAGUCCCUGGGUUUCAGUGCCAGAAGGAGCAUCCCAGAAUUCUCCAUUCCCAGCGCCGUAGGCUGAGAGUUUUACAAUAAAGAGAUCCCAAAGUCGGCGCUCUCGGAUUCUUCCCCCGGCCGUGUCCUCUGGGUGAGGUUGGGCUGAAUCCCGAGCUCAGCCCAAGGUGAGCAUCCCUGGAGAGGAGCCACAGGGAUCCCUAUGGAUCAUCCCAGCCCUGCUGUGCCUGCAGAGUCCGGGAGCAGCAAGUGGGGUUGGGUUCAUUCAUUUCUUUAAUUUUUGGGGGGAAUUUUUGCAAUUUCCUUCUUCUCCCGUUCAUGGAUUCUGUGCUUUCUCCUCAUUCUCCUGACUGAUAUUAAAGCUGGUCUUGUGGAAAUGGCCA